UUCCUCAUACCGUUCUCCUCUAUUCUCUCACUGUGCUUGUGUAGAGUGGAAAUGAUCUGUUCUUUCAUGGCUGCACGAGCGCUGAUCUGAUCUCAGGUUUUUUUCUCCCCCUUUCCCCCGAUUCCCGCCCCCCCCGGUGGAUUUCAAUUCUUUAUCUUUCUCUGUUUGGACUUCACACUAUUUUGGAUUUGCUCUUUCUUCAUGUCCAUGUUGAGCCAUGCAGCCUCCGCCGAGAAAGGUCAAAGUCACGCAGGAGCUGAAGACCACUCACACAGAGCAGCUCACCAGACUGCACUUUAAACACCAGACCGAAUGCGACUUACUGGAAGACAUGAGGACAUACAGUCAGAAGAAGGCCACACUGGAGAGGGAGUAUGCGCAGGCUCUGCAGAAGCUGGCCAAUCAGUAUCUAAAGAGGGACUGGCCUGGCAUCAAGCCAGAUGACCAGAGAAACGACUACAGGAAUGUGUAUGGGGUGUGGAGGGCAUAUCUGGAGGGCACCGUGGAGGUGAACCAGACUCGACUCUACAUUUGCGAGAACUACAAGAACGAGAUCUCGGACCCUGCCAAAACCGUACGCCUUUACAAAGAGCAGCAGCUCAAGAAGUGCAUCGAGCAGUUGGGCCGGAUCCAGGCUGAACUCCAAGACUCUGUGAAGGACCUGGCAAAGUCCAAGAAGAAGUACUUUGAGCUGGAGCAGAUGGCCCAGGCCGUCCGGGAAAAAGCAGACAUCGAAGCCAAGUCAAAGCUGGGCCUGUUUCAGUCCAGGAUUAGUUUACAGAAGGCCAGCGUUAAGCUCAAAGCCAAGAGGAGUGAUUGCAACUCCAAAGCCACCCACGCCAGAAACGAAUACCUUCUUACACUUGCAGCGGCCAACGCACAUCAAGACCGCUACUACCAGACCGAUCUGGCCAACUGUAUCAAGGCUCUGGAUGGUAGUGUGUAUGAACACGUGAAGGAUUAUUUGAUGUCUUUUUGCCGGACAGAGUUGGAAGCAUUCCAGGCCGUCCACAACACAUUCCAAUUCCUGCUGGACAAGUCCAGUCGAGUGGGGCAGGACUUCAAUCAGCAGCUGUUCCUGCAGGAGAAUCCUGUUUUCCACAAAGUGCAGGACUUACAGUUCCAACCGUGCGACAGUGACACAACUGUGAGCUCCGUGCAGCAGUUGGUGGACAUUGAGCCAUCGGCAGUCAGUGUGAUGAGAAUGACCUUGGCCCAGAGCCGGCAACUGGAGUCGGAGACAGGCACCACGGAGGAGCACAGCCUCAACAAGGAAGCCAGGAAGUGGGCGACACGUGUAGCCCGAGAGCACAAAAACAUCAUCCACUAUAAACGGACACUGGAGGAGUGCGAGAGACAGGGGACUCCUCCCACAGAACAGAGCCGCAACGAACUCGAGUUCAAAAUAGAGGAGGCCAAAGAGCACAUUCGUAAAGCUGAGACAGUGAAGCUGAAAGCAGAGGCUCGCCUGGACCUGCUCAGACAGGUAGGCGUUUCCGUGGAUACGUGGCUAAAGAGUGCCAUGAACCAAGUGAUGGAGGAGCUGGAGAAUGAGCGCUGGGCUACGCUGCCCACGCUCGCUACCCACGAUCCCUCGCUCUCGACCACAGUGGACUUGGACCGAGACGAAGGCGAGGAACUGGAGGAAAACAUGGAGCAGUUUGAUGAUAGCAGCUCUAGUCCUUCAGGAACACUGAGGAAUUACCCACUCACCUGUAAAGUGCUCUACUCCUACAAGGCGUCUCAGCCAGACGAGCUAACCAUUGAUGAGCACGAGGUGCUGGAGGUCAUAGAGGAUGGAGACAUGGAAGACUGGGUCAAAGCACGGAAUAAGGCGGGUCAUGUGGGCUACGUACCUGAGAAGUACCUGCAGUUCCCCUCCUCUAACAGCAUACUGAGCAUGCUCCAAUCGCUCACUGCCUUGGACUCGCGCUCACACACAUCAAGCAACUCCACUGACCCUGAGCUGGCCUCGGGCAGCAUCAACGGUGACGCCAGUAUGAGUUUUGCGAAGGCCAUAUAUGACUACGAGGGCCAGACAGACGAUGAGCUGUCCUUCCCAGAGGGCGCCGUCAUCCGGAUCCUUAAUAAAGACAAUCAGGAGGACGAUGGGUUCUGGGAAGGCGAGUUUAACGGACGAGUGGGAGUCUUUCCAUCCGUCCUGGUGGAGGAUCUGACUGCAGAAAAUGGAGACACGCACUGGGCUUUGGAUGCUCAGGUGUCAUCGUGUGUGAAACUGCAGUCGUCUUUGCCUCCUUUACCCCUCUACGAUCAGCCCCCCUGCAACCUGGACUGUAGCCCCGCCCCCAACAUGCCCCGCUCACCGUCCGUCAACGGAGAGCACAAGCAACCUGGGCUGCAUAAAGCCCUACCACACAAUCACAGUUCUGGUCUGAGUCCAGAAAGCCCAGGCUUUCCCCAGCCACUGAGAUUCACACCUGAUGGUUCCGGCCCGGGAAAACUGCGACCUGUCCGUGCAGCUCCGCCUCCUCCAAAACAACACCCUCGCAGACAAGUGGACAAAACCGAGGAAGUGGAGAUCACGCUAGUGUAGCAGCGCUGCUCUUUUCUUUAGAGGACUCAUCCACGUUUGACCUCAAACUCCUCCUACUGGCUUCAGAGGGGUGGGACUAUCUGUAAUCCCACCCUUCCAGCACUCUGAACGAGGUGGACUGCAUUUCAAAGACUCCUCCCUACUAAUCCUGGAAGAAGAAGAAAAAAACCUCUUAUGGCGUCAUGGACUGUUUGGUGCCUUUUAACCCUCAUCAUGCCAAAACAAUCCUUGUAUUUGUAUUUGUAUUUGUAGAGCCAAAAUAUUGUGGCAUUACCAUUUACAAGGUUGUGCUCUACAAAUUCAAGAUGGCAGAAAAUAUAAAGAGUAAUAAAGCCUGGUUGGUUAACUUGCACAUAUACCUAUCCAACAGGCUCAUCAAUAGCAGAAAAUGCAAUAUCAGGAGGUGAUUGAGGGAUUCAUGGCGGCAUAUUUGGUGUACAGUGGGUGUGGGUGAUUAAGUUUGCCCCGUCUUCAGCCACGUGUAGUCCUACCAUACGUAUUUAAUGUUGUAUUAGUACAGUACAUUACUGUUGUCAUAGGAAUGUUCAGAAUAUGUGCAACAUUUCUUCAUAUAUUGUAACUGAGUGGAUGCUUUUUGAAAUAUAAAGUUGAGGACAAAGGCAACUGUGUAUAAAAGGGUCACAUGGCGAGGUAGGAAGGGUGAGAGGGAGUUCAAGAGAAUGAGGGCUGGAUCCUCCAUUUUCUUUUUCCUCCCACCGCUCCUCCAGCCAAACACAUUACUCCUCCACAUCGUGUUAAUCUGACUACAGUACUAAUUACAUCAAUAUUAGCCUUCUCUCAGCUUGUCCUUAAGAAGACUGCCGUUUGUACGUAUUAACUAAUAUUUAGUAGUCAAAAGGAAGACAGAGAAUGGAGGUUUUUUGGCGUGCGUUGUCCCUGGGAGCGAGCCGUUAAGCCGUUAUUUUAUCAUGCGGUCUAACAUGUUUGCAAAUGCCAAUCAAUAUGCGAGCAUUAUUUAAAGCGCUUAAUUUUUCUUCCUAAUUCUUAUCUUGCUCUUGCAUCACAAUAGCAUAGGCUCAGUCUAAUGGAGCGUGUUGGCAGAUGGGUCCCGGCCGUUUCAUAGUAAUUAGCGUCCUAAGUGCUUUUCCUUUGUAUAAGGGGCAGCUAUUUUUUUUCUAUUGUCUUUUUCUGUUUCAUACGUUGAACAGUGUUGUUCAGCUAGAAAAAUCAUAAUUCAUCAACAAGAUCAGAAGGUCAAUUCCCAUUUCAUUCAGAAGUACUGAACACCUGUUGUUAUUGUUAUUGUUAUUAUUAUUAUUAUUAUUAUUAUUAUUAUUAUUAUCAGCCCAUAUUUCAUGUAUUUUUCACCAUAUUUUUACCUAGCCAUGUGCUGAAUUUAUCUUUUUAUACAAUAAAAUUUACCUGACCUCACUUACUGCAUAUAUACUACAUAAUCCAAAUAGGAUUCUGUCCACUAUGUUUUUCACACUCUCACAUGGGAAAAGGCAUUUUUAAUAGCAUUGCAAACCAUAGAAGGCAUCUCUUUAAAUCCAUGUAUGGGAAAUCUUCGAGUAGGAAGAAAAGAAGUAAUUGGUAUUAGUAUGUACUUUCAAAAAAAAAUUGUUAGCCAGCCAGCUUACAUGGGCUAACCUGACAAAAUUUCUGUGAGGAUUUUGAAGUCAUAUCUAUGAAAGUUCACAAUAAUCAGAGCUAAUGCUAGUUAGCUGGCUAAACACAUGCUAACCUGACAGGAGUUCUUAGAGGAUUUUGAAUUCAUAUCCAUAAAUAUUCACAAUACUCGUGUGUAGCACUAGUUAGCUGGCUAUGAGCUAACCUGACAGGAUUUCUGCAAGGAAUGUGAAGUUCAUAGACUUUCCAAAUAUUUCCAGCUAAUGCUAGCUGGCUAACUUGACAGGAUGUCUGAAAAAGCCUUACCUUUUUGAGUGCAAUCAUAUAACAAAUUUUGAGGACCAGGCAUGUACUCAGAAACAUUCUGUUCGAAAUCACAUGUUAGAUUUGUCCUUCAAAUAGAAUUUCUGCAGCGCUUUGGGAUAUGGCACAAUACUCUUUUUUUUUCAUUCGCCCAAGGUAUCAGCACAUGCCUGCAUUCAACGGUAUAGCGUGUAUCUCAGCACUUUUCCAAAGCUUUGUGGCUUUGUGGCUUUGUAUCUUUGACUUUUAUGUCCGCAUCCCAUCAAAGGUCCCUUGUGUAUCAUAGAUGCCUAAAUGUGUAUAUGGGUUUUUGUUUUGUUUUUGUUUUGUUUUGAAUUCAGUGUUUUAUAUUCCAGUGGUUUCAUUUGAUAAAGAAUACAGCCCUGUUAUUUAUUCUCUUCCUCCAGGAGUAAGAAAUCAGCCAUUUUGUAGAGAUUAGCAUUACUAGUGUUAAUAACAGUAAAUAAUGUCACCUUAAUAAAGUAAAUAAUUUCACCUUAAGAAUGGUGCUUGUAAAGAAUUUGGGGGUGGGGGGGUGGGGGUAUAAGCGUAUGUUUUGGAUUUUCUUUCAAUAGAAUGGACAAAAUUGGCGUAUCUGCCCUUAUGUCAUGUCUUUUUGUUGCAGCUUGUUUUCUUGUUGAUCUCAUUGAGAUCUUUUGAAUGUUAUCAAACUUGUUUUGAAGUUUAUGGCCCAUACCAUCAGAAAGCUCCUCUCAAAGAUUGACUUUUUUUUCUUUCUUUUUUUUUAAUAAACUUUCCCAGUUUCUUUUCAACAGUUUCUGCUUUCUACAAAGACUUCAUCCACAUUCAUUUCAUUAUAUUUUUUAAAUGCCUUUUGUUUUAUUUUAUGUGAAAGACACUGCUAGAAAAAGAUGGUGUGAUAACAUCAGAGAACAGGUCAAGACAUUUCUUUCUGCAUAUUAUUAGCUGUAAAGUAAUUUGUAUUUAUUGUGUACAAAUGUUAAAUAAAAAAAUGAGAAAAUGAU